AUGGCGUCUCGGCUAUCAGCAGCACUUUCGCGCAUUUCAGCUUUUCCUCACCCGGCCUUUGCUGCCCCGCUGCUGCUGCUCUCCCCAGCAGCAGCAGCAGCAGCAGCAGCAGCAGCAGCAGCAGCAGCAGCAGCAGGAGCUGGGGCCUCGCGCUGCUUCGGGUCCAAAGACAAGGCGAAGAGAAGCAGCAGCCCUUCAGCAGGCCCUUUAAUAAACAAAUCUGCUGCUGCUGCUGCUGCUGCAGCAGGGCAGCAGCAGCAGGUGGAGCGGUGGUUUGCUGCUGCUGCUGCUGCGCUGCAGCUGCGGCAGCAGCAGCUGCAGCAGCUGCAGCAGCAGCAAGACCCUGCCGUCGUGGCUCUGCUGCAGCAGCCGCAGCAGCUGCUGCUGCAGCACAAGCAGCAGCAGCUGCUGCUGAAGUAUAAACAGAAGUUAAUUCAAAUAUAUGGCCAGGGCUUUGAAGCAACAGCUGCAGCCCCCGGCUUUUCCAUUUGCGCCGCGUCGGCAAACGCAGAGUGA